UUAGGGAAGGGGAAGACGGGAAUCGCGAGCGGACCAAGCGACAUCGAGAAGGAACCGGCCGGCGAGCAGAAAGAAGCGACGAGUGCUUGGCGUACGGUUUGUGUGGUGCGCGCUACCGACAGACAGACUCCACAAAGUGUACGCGAUCGAGAGGCGAGGCUUCUUAGGGAAAAGAGAACGAGCGACAUUGCGCAGGAGUGACUUUGCGAGUAGCUUCGAACGAGGCAAAAAGAGGAAAAGAAAGAAGAGGAGAAAUAGACGCAGCAGCAAGAAUGACGAUGGCAACCGAGACGGAGAACAACGGCCCCGAGAGUAAGGAGAUCAAGGACGUGAAGGAGAUGAAGGAGGCGUUGAAGGACGACGCGCCGCCGGAUAACAAGCAGGAGGAGAAGGACGCGACGAAGAAGGACGAGACGGCCGGCAAGAAGGACGAUGACGCCGCUGCCGCCGCCGCGGCCGCUGCCGGCGGUGCGACCGCGGCGCCGGCGAAGGCCAACAUCGUGCAUCACCCCGAUUACGAAAAAGAUGUUGUUUAUCUAUAUCAGUUCCCGCGGACGCCGCUGCUACCCUCCUUAUCCCCGUACGGUCUCAAGGUGGAGACGUGGUUGCGAUUGAACGGCGUCAAAUACGAGAAUGUUGAUCACAAGAUGAAAUUCCGCUCUAAGAAGGGCCAAUUGCCGUUCGUUGAACUGAACGGCGAGGAGAUCGCCGAUAGCACUAUCAUCCUGCGGGAACUGAGCCAGAAAUUCGGCAAGGAUCUUGACGCCGGUCUCACAUCCGAACAGCGAAGCGUUUCCCACGCCAUGAUAUCCAUGAUCGAGAAUCAUCUCGUUUGGGUCGUCGCGUGCUGGCGCACGAAGAAUUUGGAUCAAGUGCUAAAGGGCUACAAGGUCAAUCUGCAGCUUGCUCUGGGAUCACGUAUACCCAACGCGAUUCUGAACUUCUUCUUCAAGCUCACGUUUGGACGCAAGUUGGAUUGGUUGCAGGGUGCGAGAAAAGUGAAGGCUCAAGGAAUGGGCGUGCAUAGUCCGGAGGAGGUAUCUCAGUUUGGUUGCAGCGAUCUCAAGGUGCUUUCGGACACGCUUGCCGACAAGCCCUUCUUCUUCGGUGACGAGCCAACUACCAUGGACGUAGUAGCGUUCGCGCAUCUCGCUCAAAUCUUGUACAUCGACAAAGACACGCCCUACAGCCUGCGAGAUUACAUGGUAGAGAACUGUCCCAACUUGGUCGGCCAUUGCUCGCGCGUCAAGGAACGAUGCUUCCCGGAUUGGGACGAAAUCUGCUCCAGUCUGGAUAUGAACACGCAUCUGCCGAAGCCUGAAAAGCAAGAAGAAAAGGAGGGCAAAGAAGAGGCGAAGGAGUCCAAAGAGUCUAAGGAGGAAAAAGAGGGCGAUAAAGAGAAGGCGGAUAAGGAGGAAAAGGAAGUUGAAAAAGACAAGGAGGUUGAUGAGAACAAAGAAAAAGAGAAAGACGGCAAAUAAGCGAUCUUGUUGUAGAGGGAAGUAAUAAGUGAUUUAAAGGCGAAGAGUCGUAAAGGUGUGCUGGUGAAUGAAAAAAGAGAGAGCGAAAGAGAAAGAGAGUGAGAGGAAUGGUUGAUGAUGAACAAGAAUGUGCGUAUGCGUAUGCGUGGUUGCGAGAACGUUGACGAUGUUGGAGACGAGAAUGGUAUAGAAAGCAUGAGGAGAGAAGGGAGAUAGCGGAAGUGAGAGAUUGUAUGUAUGAGUGUAUGUGUGUAUGAGAAAGAGAGAGAAAAAGGAGUGAGAUAGAGAAUGGAAGAAAGAGCAAAAGAGAAUGUGUGCGUAUAUGUGAGAAAGAGAGGAAGAAAGCAAGAAAGAGAGAGAGAAAUAAAGUUCUGGACUAGAGCUCUCUACUUAUACGUAUAGAUAUUAAUAGACUCAUAAUGUUAAUACUUCGUUUAUAUACGUUCAAUACGCGUCACGCGUUAUUUCACAUUGACACACUCGAAACACACACGACUGGAACGACUAUUCUCUUUAACCCACGCCCUUUCUCUGCUCUGCUAAGAACAAACGAAAACGGGGCUAUCUCAUAAGUCAUUAGAAACGUAGGAUUGCAAUAUACGAACUGCAAUAGUCUGACGCAGCUGGGGUCUUUAUCGACAGUGGCCAAAUGCAAUAUAGCGUAUGCUAUAAGAUAAAGUAGUUGUGGAAGAAGAAGAAGUGAGAGUAGGAUCACACCGAUUCUCGUCUCUCGAAGGCGAAGAGCGUUCUACUUCGCUUCUCUCGAUGAUCCUUGCUGUGCAUAGUUACCUUGCGUUUUGUGCGCAACGUAACGCAAUUUUUUUUUCUUUUAGUCCGUAUGUUUUUUAUGUUUAUAUACGUAUAUCGCGCAUUUUACUUUCGCUCACCACGUUACAUGAAGUUUUUAAAAGCUUUUGUUUUUAAAAGAUCUUGUUUUUAAAAGAUUUUUAAUGAUGUAUCAAUGAAAAAUUGUCUAUUGUCUUAUUUUUCCGUUGAAAUCAUCUGAGGAAAUACCGUUGCAUCUCGUAGUCGAUUCGUCAGCGAUGCGAUACUUGCAUUAUUAAUUACGAUAUAAUAUUAAUAAUAAUGCGUUAAUAUUAAAAUAACGAUAAUAUUAAUAUUAAUAAGAAUGACAACAAUAAUAAUAUUAAUAAUGAUAGUAAGAAAGCAGAAUACGAUGUCUAUACGCGGAAACAAGUGUCAGGUUAUCGAUUGUGACUUGAAUUGUUUCUCUCGUGUUCUUUUAAACAAUUGAAUCGGAAGUCGAGUCACGCCAAUUGACCAGUUAGCAACGGAUGUCCUCAGACAGCCUAAUGUAGAAUGCAAAUGGAGUUGACAAGUCGUCGUACGUAGUUCUCGAUAUCCACUCUUCCGUACGGCCGCAAUUCCGUUUGCAUUUCAGCAUCAUCAAGCGCGCGUGAUCAAAUUUUACUUCAACGACGAUACUUAUUCCUAUAUUUUGUACGAGAAUAAUGGAAUUCUUUUUGCAAUCUUUUUGCGAUGAUAUUUUAGACAUGGAAUACAUAAUAGAAUCGCGAUAAGCGCGACGAACGACACACAUAUUAUUAUUACUAUAUUAUUUGUAUAUUAUAUAAAUAUAUCUAUUACAUAGACGCGCGCGAAUGCAGUCGGACUUAGAUCGGACGGGAGGAAGAUGCCAUUCGUAUAGCGGAGUCGUAAUAUUUCGUCCCCUCCUUCCCCCCUUCGUCCACCAUCCCCUGUGUUCCCUAUAUAUUCUUGUUUUUUUUUUUUUUCUUCUUUCUCUCUUGUAGCGAAGAGGCACAGGUAAUGUUUUGAUCUCUUUUCCUUUGGUACUCAAAACACUGUGCUGCCCACGUAUUUUAUUGAUACGAUUUUUCGAACGUGUUAAGAAAUGAUAAUGAAAUUUCCUUGCGUAAUACAAAGUGUCUUUCACGCAUCGAAAAUCGACAUUUGAUGUAUAAUGGGAAUUGAAGUUUUUCUACGAACAAAAUGUGUAGCAGCUGCAGUAGUUUUUCUACGGCAGCUGAACAUAUUCCACGAAGACACGAAGAUAUAUUACAAUUUAAGUAACUUACUAUAUUAUAUUAAUAACGAUUAUGAUCAAGCAUACACACACACACACACACAUAUACACAUAUAUACACACGCGUAAAGGAAAAAAUGGAAAAAAGAUUAGUGGAUGAUGCUGUUUAUACCUAUAGAACGACGCAUAUGUUUUCACCUGUGGUUACAUAUUAUUAUGGAUUAUUACGUACGUAUAAAUAAUAUAAAUUAGAGAAUGAAAGAAACAUUUGGACAAGACCAUAACGUUGCAAGCACAGUAGAUAUAUAGGCCCACCCAAUACAGUAAGAUUAUUAUAAGAGGAAUAUUAAUAAUUAUAAUAUGACUGCUCGUUUUAUGCUCGGCGCUAUACAUUUCAUUGUCAUUAUUAUAUCACCAUUUAUUAACGAUAUACAUACGAACAAAUAAAAUGUGUUUAUAAAUAUAAAG